AUGGCGGACAUCGUCAAACAGAUCCUUGCACGACCAAUCCAAUUGGCUGACCAACUCAUAACAUCAACGGAUUACGUUUGCUCAUUCAAACAGGAUUGUGCCGACAUUAAAGGCAAAACGGAGAAGCUCGCCGGUCUCCUCCGGCAGGCGGCUCGAGCCAGCAACGAUCUCUACGAGCGCCCAACCCGCCGGAUCAUGGAUGAUAUCGAACAGAAUCUUGACAAGACUCUACAGCUCGUAACCAAAUGCAGAGCUAGCGGAUUACAGAGGUUGUUCACCAUCAUCCCUGCCGCGGCCAUACGGAAAUCCUCCCUGCAACUCGAAAAUUCAAUCGGAGAUGUAUCAUGGCUCCUCCGUGUCUCCUCCCCUAAUGAGGAUCGUGAUGACGUAUUCAACGGAUUACCACCCAUCGCCGCUAACGAGCCGCACCUCUGCCUAAUUUGGGAGUAUAUCGCAAUCCUCUGCAACAUCGCCCUCGCCGAUGAUUGGGCCGACGCUGCCGGAUCUUUAGUAUCAAUGGCACGCGACAAUGAAAAAUACGGGAAAUUAAUCAUCGAAGAAGGUGGAAUACCCCCGCUUUUGAAACUCGCCAAAGAAGGAAGAAUGGAAGGACAAGAGAACGCCGCCAGAGCGGUGGGUCUACUCGGACGUGAUCCGGAGAGCGUGGAACACAUCGUAAACGCCGGCGUAUGCUCUGUUUUUGCCAAAAUCUUAAAAGAAGGCCACAUGAGAGUUCAAUUGGUGGUCGCCUGGGCGGUGUCGGAGUUGGCCGCAAACCACCCAAAAUGUCAAGACCAUUUCUCGCAGAACAACGCCAUCCGGUUGCUCGUUAGCCAUUUAGCGUUCGAAACGAUUCAAGAACAUCGGAAAUACACCAUCAUCAGCUGCCAUUCACAUCCGCCGGGGCUUCCUCCGGGUCCAAAAAUGCACGACGUAUCAGCCAUUCACAACGUGGUGGCGGACACCAUGGCCAUGAAAUCCGUUAAGGAUGAUUACAGCAAAAAGGUUCACAUCCAAUCUACAAACAGUAAAACGAACCAGCAGCACCACCACCACAUCGGAUUUCUGGGAGCGAGUAUUAAAGGAAGAGAAUUUGAAGAUCCAAGCACGAAGAAGGAGAUGAAAGCGAUGUCUGCAAGAGCGCUUUGGUUCCUCUGUGCCGGAAAUCUAUCAAUCUGUCGAGACGUAACCGAAUCACGAGCUCUUCUUUGCUUCUCGGUGUUAGUCGAGAAAGGUGAAGGCGAAGUGCAAUACAACUCGUUAAUGGCGUUGGUGGAAAUAACAGCGGUGGCGGAACAACAUCCCGAACUGAGACGAUCGGCUUUCAAACCCACAUCCCCGGCAGCUCGAGCGGUUGUCGACCAGUUGCUUAAGAUAAUCGAGAAAGGAGACUCGGACCUUCUGAUUCCGGGCAUCCAAGCGAUCGGGAGUUUAGCAAGAACGUUUCGGGCGACGGAAACGAGAAUAAUAGCGCCGUUGGUGAGGUUGUUGGAUGAAAACGAGACGGAGGUGUCGGCGGAAGCAGCGGUGGCGCUUGUGAAGUUUGCAUGCACUGAUAAUUUCCUGCAUGUGAAUCAUUGUAAGGCGAUAGUGGAGGCAGGUGGGCCUAAACACUUGAUCCAGUUGACUUAUUUUGGUGAACAAAUGGUUCAGUUUCCGGCAUUGAUACUCCUUUGCUACAUAGCCAUGCACGUACCAGAUAAUGAGACAUUGGGUCAAGACGAAGUGCUUAUAGUUUUGGAAUGGGCAUUGAAGCAGGGACAUUUCAUGCAAGAUAGGUCGCUAGAAACACUAAUUCAAGAAGCAAAGCAGAGAUUAGAGAUUUAUCAAACCUAG